AUGAUGUCAGAAUAUUACAAUCCAUGCUCCAUCUUUGAGCCUCUUAUGGAUCUCCUUCCAUGUUCCUCUUACGAUCAGCAGCAGCUUCCAAUGGAGGAAAACAUUGGAACUCCAAGACAUUCGAAUCGAUCUCCCAUUCCAGAGAGUUGCAUCCAAUCGGUUCCCUCCACAAUGUCAGAAAGUAGCCACUAUACACAGGAGCAUAUCAGCACCCUACGAAAAGUUGGUCGUCGCGAUCCGCAGCCUAACUUGACCCCAUACAAUCAUGAUGAUCACGGUCAGUUCAGACCCAUGUCUCCCUAUCCCAAUGGUGAACCCUACAAGAUGCCACCACCACAAACACGCGCAGAGCAAUCAUCCUGGUUCCCCCCUUUUAUGACACCGGGCUCUUGGUACGGCACGGAAAAGUCUAGCUAUGACGGUCAGUGGCACCCUUCGAACUACUGCUCCUACUACCCUGAAAUGCCUUUUCCGUCAGCGCACCCCAGCUACAAUCACAACCACCAGUCGCAAGAGCACCAGGAAGAGGCACCACCAUAUCAGGAACAACACAAAAGUCAACAAGUAAAGGAGGCGCCAAAGUAUAGCCAAACUGCACCGGCAGAAGUUAGUCCUUCUCCGUCCAAAAGCCGCGAAGAGCUUUGCCCAACUCCAAGCAGUACAUCAUCGGCGGUCACUGAUUCGAUCGAAUCCAAACGUGACCUUCGUACCUUGGACAUUGUAUGUGGGCGUGGUGCUCCUACCAAUUUCCACUACGGAAAUCAAGUAUUUCGUGAGCUGGUGGAAGACCAUCAAACGACCUAUCUGUGUUCAAAACGUAGCGACAAGCCGCAUAUUGCCAUGAAGAUUUUGGAUCUUGUGAAAGCAGCUGGGGGUCGAUUUGUCAGACGACAGAGGACAGCUGAAGGUUUGAUUUGGCAAGAAAUCAACGACAAGGGGGCAUACGAGAAGAUCUGCCAAGCUCUGCGAGAGGGAGCCCCAGAUGUGCGUCGACAAGUGCUAUCGAAAAUGAAACAGGCUACUAAACAAGCAGACAAUAAGGGACAUUGA